AUGCAAAUUAAGACGGAAAAGUUUCAAUCUGAUAUGGACUUGAUGAAAGAAAGGUUUGCCAAGCUGCUAUUGGGUGAAGAUAUGUCUGGAGGAGGGAAGGGUGUUUCAUCAGCUCUGGCUUUGUCAAAUGCCAUUACCAACCUUGCAGCUUCUGUCUUUGGGGAGCAAUGGCGAUUGGAACCCAUGUCACCUGAGAGGAAAGCAAGGUGGAGAAAGGAAAUCGAUUGGUUGUUGUCUGUAACUGAUCACAUUGUGGAAUUUGUUCCUUCCCAACAGAAAGCCAAGGAUGGAACAAGCAUGGAGAUAAUGGUAACACAUCAGCGAACUGAUCUACGCAUGAACAUUCCUGCUUUGCGCAAGCUUGAUGCCAUGCUUAUUGGGCAUUUAGAUAACUUCAAAGAAAAGCAAGAGUUCUGGUAUGUGUCCAGAGAUGCUGCUGAUUCUGAGAAAGGUGUGAGGGCUCACGAUGAGAAAUGGUGGCUACCCACUGUCAAGGUUCCUCCGAAUGGGCUCUCUGAUGGAGCAAGAAAAUGGAUGCACUUUCAGAAGGAUUCUGUGAACCAAGUAUUAAAAGCAGCCAUGGCCAUAAAUGCUCAAGUACUAGCAGAAAUGGACAUCCCCGAGAACUAUAUCGAAUCCCUACCCAAGAAUGGGAGAGCAAGCCUUGGAGAUUCAAUCUAUCGAAGUAUUACAGUUGAAUUCUUUGAUCCAGAGCAAUUCCUCUCAACUAUGGACCUUUCAACAGAGCACAAGAUUCUCGACCUCAAAAAUAGGAUUGAGGCAUCAAUUAUAAUUUGGAAGAGGAAGAUGAUCAACAAAGAUGGGAAAUCUUCUUGGAGUUCAGCAGUGAGCUUGGAGAAAAGAGAGCUCUUUGAAGAGAGGGCAGAAAGUGUCCUAAUCCUUAUUAAGCAGAGAUUUCCGGGUAUUCCUCAAUCCGCACUUGACAUAAGCAAGAUUCAGUACAACCGGGAUGUAGGGCAGGCAGUCCUAGAGAGCUAUUCAAGGGUACUUGAAAGCUUGGCCUAUACAGUCCUGUCCCGGAUUGAUGAUGUCCUCUAUGCGGACUCAUUGAUUCAGAAUCCAUCACUCACAGAUUCAGAGAGAAAACUAUCAAUAGAAUCAAUGGGUGAAGAGAUGGAGAAGAAUGCUACAGAGACACACGGUGCAAUGACACUAUCAGAUUUCAUGGGCUGGAAUUUUGAUCAAGGAGACAAUGAACAAAGGAGGGAAUCUGCAGAUCAAGACGAUACUACUGAUGACUGA